ACCGCGAGGGGCCACCGGGAUCGGGAACGGCACCGGGAUCGGGAACGGCGCCAGGAUCGGGAACGGCGCCGGGAUCAGCACCAGGAUCGGGGCCACUGGGACCGUCCCCCUGGGCACCGGCGCGCCCGCCGCCCCGCGCCAGGAUAUCGGUGUUCUCCACUGAGGCAGGAAAAUUACUUGGAGAAGUGUAAAAACAAGAUCUUGAAAUCUGCGUGUGCUUGGCUGUCCGUGGCGUAAGAGGAAAUUGAAGGGAUGAGAUCCCAGAUGGAGCGUGGCUGUUAAAUUGUGCACAUGACACGCAGCCCUAAUCCUGCUCCAGGCGCUGCCAGGAUCACAUGGCUGAAAGGGACGCCUUGAUCUCCCAGGCAGAGCGGCAGGAAAGUGAAGCCAGAAGGCUGGAAUUAGGAAGGCAGAGAAUGGAAUACACAAUGGCUGAUCCACACCUAGCGAGGCAGAAGCUGCAGAGGCACCUGGAAGCGGUGUCAGCACGGCAGCAGCUGGCCCUGCACCGGAACCAGGCCCUGCGCCGGGAAUUCCUGCAGCUGGAGGCUCACAUGGAAACCACAGGCUGGGAGAGCAUCUGGAAGAUGGAAGAGCGGUAUGGAAGGGAAAUUAAAAACCUGUUAUCCCUUCGAGAGGGCAGCUUGUCAGCAGGAGGUGACAAGGAGGAAGGACCCAGCCAGCAGGUGCUGCAGGCCGGAGGACAGGUGGGAAUUGGCACCAAUGCAGCCGUGCCAGGAGAACUGGGCUAUCCAGCAGCAGCCUUGCUGGGCUGCCCCACAUCAGCAGCCUCGGCCACAGGAGGUUUGGGCUCUCAGCAGGAGUCCCCUCUGCACUCCCCAUCCCCUGACGGGCUCGGUCCCGACACCGGCAGCGCUGCUGGAGAGAGUGAGGAGGGAGCAGCGGGACACGGGGACCUGGCUGCCAGUGAGGAAGGCUCUGAGCAGCUCACCUCAGCUUCUGGUGCCAAAGCAGCCCUCCUGAGGCCAGGAAGUGUUCCAGGGGCAGAGCCUAGCCUAAGCAGCUGGUGGGCUCACAGGGAGGGCAGCAGUGCCAAGCUCCUGGUCCCUGCUGGUGCUGAGGAGGAGGAGAGGCCAAGCAUUCCCAGCCUGCGGCAGGAGCAGGGCAGGGAUGCCCGGGCUCCAGAGUGCUCCCUGCUGCCUCCACCAAACCCUUCUGCGACCCAGGAGGAGCCCUUGGACAGCUCAGCACCACACAGGUCUGUUGGGAUGCAGGCCGAGCUCCAGGAGCUCUGCCAGGCACUGCAGCUCCUGGAGGGCCUGGUGGAGAGGACGAGCCCCCGGCACCGGGCACUGUACCAGGGCCAGCCCUCGGGGACAGCGGAGCUGCCCAGUGCUUGUGCUGGGGCCAGCGGGCUGGCUCAGGGUGACCUCGAGGUGAUGGAAGCUGUGGUGCUGCAGCAGCUCCAGGCUGUGUCCCAGCGCCUGCGGAGCAGGAGCCUCCCGCUGGAGAAGGCUGAUGAGGAGCACACCAGGGACACGGACGUGCUGCGGACUCUGCUGAGCCACCAUGGCGUGUUCCUGAAGCAGCACCGGGUUCAGCUCCCGGAGCAGGUGGCAGAGAUGUUUGAGCAGCUGCUGGCUUCAGGAGAGGAGGAGCAGGACCACCAGACUGUGCUGGUGCUGAGAGAGGCCCUUCCAGGAGAGUGUGGGGAUGAGCCACCUGUCCAGAGUGAUGAAUCCUCUCUCAGCCUGCCAUCGAUCCCGACCAACAGCAGGGAAGGAAAGCAGGGGGAACUGGCACAGCAAGAACCAGCUGGGGAUCACAGCCACGACAGUCCCGAAGGAAGCGACAGUUUGGGAACGCAUUCGGAAAGCAGCUCCUUGUCAGAUGGAAGCACUCCUCCCUUCUCCAGGACUGAAUUGCGGAAGGAAACAGUAACUGCCAUAAAAUCCAAAGCGUUCUGGGGCGAAUCCGAUGACAGCAGCUCCGAGCUCGAGGCUGCUCUGCGCCCACAGACCCACGGCACGGAUUCAGAUGACUUUGAUGACUUCUAUGACUGAGAUUCUCCCACUGGCUUUUGGGAAGAAACAAACUGUAGUUUCUUUUACACAGUGACUGUGCCAUAGGCUGCCUGUCACUUAAAUGGCAAAGAAAAUUUAAAUACCAAAUAAACAUAAUGGGUCCUGUA